AGCCAAGCAGCCUCUCAUUCUCGCUCUUUCUCCCAAAUCUCUUGCUCCCUUAUUGGCGUUGGCCACAACUAGCCCCGCCCACCAUCUUCAUUCGUCUCCUUUCCUUCGAGAACCACCAAGCACCACCACGGCUCGCAUUACCAUCUCUUUGUCCUUGCAUCUUCCUUUGAUAUCAGGCUGCCAUUGCCAUCUGCGUCAUCCUUAGUGUUUUCGACCAUCGUCGUUCUACCAUAUUCUUCGUGUCCGACCAUUGUUCAUCUGGUUCAUGGAGAGAGGGGAGAGCAUAUUAGAUGCCAUAUUUGAGGAGGAUAACUUUGAAGAUGUCCAAGAUGUGGAAAUGAUGGAUGUAGAAGAAGGAGAAUUGGUGGAGCAGGAUCCAGAGAUUGGAUUGGGAAAACAAAUUGGUGGAGAUGCUAAUGCAGUGAAAUCUGGAUCUAGCAAUAACAAACGCAGACGUAGGAGCAAUAAGAAGAAUAGAAGAAAGAAAGGCAGUUCAGGGCAAAAUGUGACGGAUAUUAACAGGUUUGUUUUAGAUGUUUGUAGAUGCUUGAAAGAGAGAAAAACGUACCUGGUGUACACUGCAGUGGGUAGCCUGGGUGUAUCUGCUUUGAGCGAUCUUGUCAAAGAGGUGGAGGCAAUUCAAGCAUGUGGAGGUCAGAAGACUGCUGAUGGCCGACGAUUUAGAAAUGGUGGUGGCAUAUUAUGGAAUAUUCUAAAAACACGAGACUCAAAUGCUUAUAAAGAGAUAAUGAAGAAGGGGAAGGAGUUUGAGAAGCAAUUCAGGCAACCAAAUGUCAGGCAAGACACGAUGCAUAAACAGGCGGCUUCUCCCAUAAGAACGGACAAUGCGAACACAGAUGGGACUCUGCCUCCAGAUGGUUCACAACUAGUACCUCAUGUGGAAAACCAACUUGAACAGAGUAAUGUUGAGGGGAACCGUGUUUCUGUUCAUGAUAGGAUGAGGAUGCUGGUUAAAUAUGACGACCUGCCUGGAGAGGAAGAUCAUCAACCGCCCGGAAAGGAGGGAACCAAAAGAUAAAUCGGGCUGAUCUGGGGGGGAAUGCAUCCUUCCAUGACUAUCUCAGUUGGUAAUUAUGAUUAUUUGGUUGUCAGAUUUAAAAACCCUAUUCUAGAAUUCUUCUACUCUACCACUGAAGCAAGAGAAUUUUGGACUGCCCAAGUGCCUAUCAGCAGACGUCUGCAUUUUUCCUCCGGCAAAAUGUGAAAGGAAAAAGAAAACUAGGAAGUAAGGGAGAGAUUGCUUUCUUGCUCAAACUUAAGGUCAUGGAAUAAGUGGUUCAUUUAAAUAAGAUUGAUUUUACUCUUAUUUGGAUUGCAUGCCCUUUACGGAAUUGAGAUUGUCCAUGGUGAGAAUCCAUUCAGUGAAUUUUGGAUGGCAAACAAGUAGGAUUCAUGUUUGAUAAUACUAAUUGUACGAUCUUUGUGAUACAUCCAGUAUCUUUCUUUUGUAUUUCAAUAUAUGUAGGAUCGCUUUAAGGUGAAAAAGAGGCCAAAAAAAAAAAAAAGAAAGCAAUCUAAAACUAGCAGUUUUGGGACUUGUGAAUUUGCCUUUGCAGUUCAA